AUGGCCCUUGUUCACAGUGACUCAUACGAAAAUCCUUUUCAUGGAGAGUGGGCUCUUUUCGGCUUUCCUCUCGGCUCACAUCCCGUCGAGUCAGCCUUGCUCGAGGCUGCAAGAAUGCUAAUUAGGGAUUGGAAAGGAGGGCAGGAUAUAAUAGCUCAAUUAAAACGCCUUCGGUCAAACACUAUUAAGUUUCUCGAACGCCAAUAUCAAAAAAUUCAGAAGGCUGCUGAUGAAUUGGUCCAAUUCAUCAAGUACAACAAAAAACAUGGUCAACUGUUCGAUCCCGCGAAUUCGUCAUUUAAAUUUCUUUACGGAGAUCAAGAUGAAGCGUUUGUUCUAUUGCAUGACUAUGCAGAACCUUUUAGCAGAGAACUAACAAUGGCAAGUAAAAUUAAAAUCUGCAGACUGAACGGUUCGUAUCAAAAGAGGUUUGAUAUGCUUCCCAUAGAGAUUGCCCUAAGGAAAUGUACAGAUGCUUAUAAAGCCCACGAUGGAGAGGGAUUUAUUAAAUACUUCAAGAUUGCAGUCGACGACAUGGAUGCGCAAUAUAUCGAAAUCAGGAACGCUAGGAAGCAGCUCUUUAAAUGGGAUUUAAAGAGACCAGGAGAUGUCGCCGAGAUUGAUGUCCAGCCACUCAGAACAGCCAAGGAGUAUUAG